GAAUCAAGAUCAGCUAAAACAUGAGAAGAUACAGUCAAGAUGAUCCAGCCAGAAGGUCUUUCACUUCAUAGAAAUAUUAUUUUUGUUUAAUAUGUAAUAUAAUUAGACGAAGCCAAAAUCAGUUACUUUUCUCGAAAUUAGGACGUGCCUGUGGCCUUCAUCAGAAAUGUUUCUAACAUUUUCAAGAAAAAAUAUGUCCCAGAAACUGAGUAUGUUUUUACUAGUCUUUGGAAUCAUUUGGGGUUUGAUGUUGCUACGCUACACUUUUCAGUAUCCAAGACGCCAAAGCAGUGCUGAGUUGCGUGGACAGAUACUAGAUCUCAGUAAAAGAUAUGUCAAAGCACUGGCAGAAGAAAAUAAAAACCUGAUGAAUGGUGGUGGUGGAGCCUCUAUGUCCGGAUAUGCGGAUCUUAAGAGAACAAUUGCUGUUCUUCUGGAUGACAUCUUGCAACGCCUGGUGAAACUGGAAAACAAGGUUGAUUACAUCGUUGUGAAUGGCUCAGCAGCAAACACCACUAAUGGAACUAACCACCAGGUGCCAGUGACUGCAAACAAACGUGCAAAGCCAGCAAGCAACAUCAGAUAGCAAACAGGCUGCUCUGUGUUGCUGCACCAUUGAUGGAGAAUAUUUAAGAUAAGCUUUUUGUCUCUGGCUAGGGCAAAGCAGUAGUUGACUCUAAAGCAAGCAUAAACUAUUGUAUUCUACAACAUGCUUGGAUCUGUGUAGGCCUAAUGUGCUUAGGUUCUCAAAGCAUUAUUUCAUUGCCUUUGAGCAGUGCUUCUGAAGUGAUCUUUGUUGUCUCUAAAGAUAUUUUGAUAUGAUUUGAUGUAGUAGGCCAUUGGAUAAUAACGUGGAAAGCAAUGGGAAACUUAUAGGUAGAUUUUUGAAAUAUAUUUAUUUAAGUAUGAAUAUAACAUAUCUUUUGGAUAGGUGAGCAAUAUUGUAGUUUAUUCAUUUUUUGUGGUCUGCAUUAAGCCAAGGUAACUGAGGAAAAUGUGUUGCUAAACAGAUGUUAGAAGAUGUGUACACUUAAAAUAUUUUCUUACUUAUUUACUAAAACAAUAUUAAAUUGAGGAUAGUGUUGGUGGUAAUAUUUUAAAAUUGUGAUCCAAAGAAUGUCUUUAUUUGCACUAUCUGUCAGAAUAGUUAAAGAGAAGUUACUGUAUAUUUAAGAAAAUUUAUUAUAAUAGGAAAUCAUUCUAGGUAGUAACACUGUCCAGGUUUAUCUUUAUGCCAGAAAUAGGGCAGUUAGAUUAUGAAAAGCAAAAUCAUCAUCUGUGAUAUCUUAGAUGAUUAUUUCUUAAAAAGAUGUAUGUAUUUUGUAAUUGCAGAUAAAAUUAUUUAAGUGAUGGAAAUAAGUUUUGAAUAUGUGAAUAUAGUUUAUUUUUAUUCAUUGUUGUUUGUUUUAACACUUUGAUGCCUUGCAGUUUGUGUUUAGUAUAGCACACCAUCUCCCUGAAUUGCUUUCUUGAUCACAAGGAAAAGCAAUGAAGGGAAUCAAGGCAUCUCUGCAUUUAACAGGGGUAUGUGUACUAAGGGUGUCUAAUCAUGGAAUAGUUGAGAGUUAAGGUAAUGUUUGCCUUAUGUUUAAGUCAGCCUUACAGCUAAGUGAAUUGCAUGCAGUGUUGGGUGCACUGUAUCUCAAAUGUUACUGAAAUCAUAUUGAAGUGCCACUGAACCUGUUUUUUUAAACUGUACUGAAUGUUUGGGGGGGACAGAAUGUUCAGGGACUUUUGCCAAAAGUGUCCUGUAAAUGAGGUUUUGGGGAUGAGCAAAACCAGAGGCACUGGAUGAUAUACCAGGCAAAGUUAUGUGGUUUUUUUCCUUUCUUCUGUUUCCCUGUGUAUAUUCUUGAUGGCUAUAAAGGAACAUACAAUUGCAAUCUUAAUUAAUACUUAGUAUCCAGAUGAUUUUUUUUGUCACAUUAUGUGUAAACAUGUACUCACUUCAAUGCAGAAAGAGAAAAAUAAAUUUUUAAUUGUACUUGUAAA